AUGGAGGCCGACUUCCAGCUCUUCUCGUCCCUCCGUUAUGACCCUGUACUGCUUCAAGUCCCCGCCAGCAACCUCACCCAUGCAGGCUGGAAUUGGGUCACCUCGUCGCCCCUCUACAUGCUUGACUACCACCGCGACCGCAUGCUCCAGGCAGCCGCUCAUUGGGGCUGGCAGGCCGCUGUCGAGGUUCUCGAUGGCGAUGCUGGUCUCAAGAGACUAGCUGGGUUCGUCAUGGACAGCAUCGGGGGAAACCAGCCGUCUCCCCUGAGGGUGAGGGUAUCCAUUUCGAAAAAGGGCGAAAUGAGUGUCAUCUCUGGUCCUGUGCCAGAGAUGCCCCUUGCAAACCUGUUUCCAACCCGGCUACCCGCUCCAGGAGAAGACCCGGAAGAAGCCCACAGCAAUGGACGGAGUGACGGGCAACCGUCCAAAACGCCAGAAUACGAAAUUUUGGUGGACAGCCUGGGCGCAACCUGGACAGCUCACAGCCAUUUCAAGACCACGAAGCGUGCCGUGUAUGACGGGGCCAGACAGCGGGCGCAGAUCAGCCUUGCCGACAAGAAGGAAGUGCUCAUUGUCAACGAGGCGGACGGCACUGUCAUGGAAGGUUCCACCACCACGCCUUACUUUUGGCGGGAAGGGCGAUGGGUCACGCCGGCUGUGAACAUGGAGGACAAGUCAGAGAAGGGGGCCGGCGGUCAGAACGGCACGUCGAGGAGAUGGGCACUCGAGAAGUAUGUCAACACCACUCCGCGUCCACGGCACCAGGACGAUCGCCAUCACCGUCACCUGCACAAGGUGAAGAUCAUUCACAACCAGAACUACCAACGCCAUGGCACUAAAUCCUACGUCUCCGUGUUGAACCGCUUCGGCUUUCAACCUACGAAGCCUGGCCCGUACUUCCAGAAGUUCACCAAGCCCACUGACGAGGCGGCUCGGGGUAAGACGGGGCCCGGGGUCAAACCAGGCCACGUCUGGGUCGGCCUCUACAAGAAGACCAAGGACGACCAGGUCGGGGAGGUAACUGCUGAAGACCAGCAGAACGACGCCGAGUACCUGUGCGAGGUCUCGAUCGGCACCCCGCCCCAGAAGGUCACUCUGGACUUCGACACUGGCUCGGCUGAUCUUUGGGUGAACCACAAGAGCUUCGCCCCCCAUAAAUCGUCGACGUUCAAGCUCGCCCCAAACAUGAGCUGGAGGAUCCAGUAUGGCGACGGAAGCUCGGCCUCGGGCUCAGUCGGCCUGGAUGUCCUCUCGAUCGGCGGCCUCACCAUCAAAAACCAGGCCAUCGAAAUCGCAACGACCAUGUCCGACCAGUUCAGCCAAGGCUCCAUGGACGGCCUCCUGGGUCUGGCAUUCAGCAAGAUUAACACCGUCGAGACCAACGGUCAGCCGGACCCCCAGCCUACCCCUGUCGAGAACAUGAUCACGCAGGAGGACAUCCCAGAGGAUUCGGAGUUGUUCACGUCGGCCAUGUACAGCACUAGGGACCAGGGGGAACAAUCGUUCUACACGUUCGGCUGGAUCGACCAGGAUCUUGUCAAGGCCUCCGGCCAAGACAUCUCCUGGACUAACGUCGACACAUCGCAGGGCUUCUGGAUGUUCCCGAGCGAGAGCGCCACAGUCAACAGCAAGAAGUUGUCUUUGUCGGGCAACAAGGCAAUAGCCGACACCGGCACCACGUUGGCCCUUGUUUCGGACGAGGUCUGCGAGGCUCUGUACAGUCAGAUCCAGGGCUCUUACUACUCGGAGCAGUACCAGGGCUACAUCAUCCCCAAGUCCAUCACGGCUGAUGAUCUCCCGGACUUCAGCGUCGCUGUCGGUGACAAAGAGUUUGUGAUUCAGAAGGAAGAUUUGCUCUUUGCCUUGGCAGAUGACAACUCCUGGUACGGCGCUGUGCAGUCCCGCGGAGAGAACCCCUUUGAUAUUCUGGGCGAUGCCUUCCUCAAGUCGAUCUAUGCGAUUUGGGACCAGGGCAACAGCCGCUUCGGUGCCGUGCCCAAGAUCGAGAAGACCCAGAACAUCAAGCCGGAGUAG